AUGCCCCCGAGCGCCCGCGAGGCUGCCAACGAGCAGAGGCGGCGUCUGCACCACGAAGCAGACGUCGUCGUGGUCGGUGCCGGCAUUUUUGGCUGCGCAAUUGCCUUUGCGCUCGCGCGACAGGGACGCAGCGUCCUGCUCCUCGAACGAUGGCUCAAGGAACCGGAUCGCAUUGUCGGCGAGCUGCUACAACCUGGCGGUGUAGCGGCGCUCAAGAAGUUGGGGCUGGGGGAUUGUCUGGAAGGAAUUGAUGCUAUUCCAGUGACGGGCUAUUCGGUUAUCUACUAUGGCCAGGCCGUAGGGAUUCCGUAUCCUCUCAACGCAGGCGCCGAUUUGGGUUCUACAGGAGGUGAUACCAAGGGCAACGGGGAGAAGCCCUCGAGGCCAGAAGGCAGGUGUUUUCACCACGGCCGAUUCAUUAAUCAAUUGCGCCAGGCGUGUGCCAGAGAACCAAAUAUCACCAUCGUCGAAACCGAGGUCACGAAGACUAUCACUGGCACACACAAUCCACAGGUUCUAGGCGUCGAGUCAACGACCCGGAACCCAAAGACAGGACUUAGAGAGAAGGGAUACUAUUUCGCACACCUCACUAUCAUCUGCGACGGUUACGCCUCGAAUUUUCGAAAGCAAUACAUCAACCGAAAAUCGGUAGUGAAGAGUAGAUUCUACGCCCUCGAACUAAUCGAUUGUCCUAUGCCGACCCCAAACUACGGAAUCGUCAUAUUAGGGGAGUCAGCCCCCGUUCUCCUCUACCAGAUCGGCACACACGAGACAAGAGCUUUAAUCGACGUCCCCGAGAACACGCCCACAGCGUCACCCGCUGCAGGCGGCGUUCGAGCACAUCUACGGAACGUCGUCCUCCCCUCAUUACCCAAACAGGUGCAGCCAUGCGUCGAAGCCGCCCUAGCAGACGGCAAGAUUCCACGGAGCAUGCCAAAUAGCUGGCUCCCACCAUCUACACAAACCGAACCUGGGGUAGUCGUCCUCGGCGACGCCAUGAACAUGCGGCAUCCCCUAACCGGCGGCGGAAUGACCGUAGCAUUCAGCGACGUCGUCAUCCUCUCCUCCCUCCUUUCCCCUGAACGAAUCCCUCAGUUAGGAGAUACAGCUGCCGUGCGGCGCGCCAUGAAAGAAUUCCACUGGCGCCGCAAAGGUCUCUCCUCCAUAAUCAACAUCCUCGCACAGGCGCUUUACUCCCUCUUUGCAGCCAACGACUCACAGCUCAAAGCCCUCCAGCGUGGCUGCUUCGCAUACUUCCAAAAAGGGGGCAAUUGCUUGGAUGGCCCCGUCGGGUUGCUUGGUGGGAUCAUCCACCAACCGAUGGUCCUCGUCUACCAUUUCUUCGCUGUGGCCUUGCUGGCGAUAUGGCUUGUGAUAAAAGAGGUGUGA